UUUCUUUUUACUGCGCAGCUAGCUGAAUGAACGUGCUAAAAGUUGGUCGGGCCCUGACCCCGUUCCGGGCGCUGUCUGUUUUUCUCUUGAGGACAGACAGGCGUCCGGCUCCGUAUCAACAGAGGACGGAGUAGCAGAAAACCCAUUGGCCGCACGUGCACCCCCUGUGUGUGGCAGUGUACCCCCUGCAAAAAGGCGCCUCCAACUCAGCUGGCGAUGCUUGAAAAUGGUUGCUGCUCGCCACCCCACGCCCUGUCCUCACUGCCAACACCGCCAGCAGCGUCUGCGGGUGGUCCCCAAUCGCCGCUGGGCACCACCAGCACUGCCAGUGGCAUCUGUGAGUGGUCGCCAACCAUCCGUCGGAGCUCACCACCACCCCACCCUCCCACUGCCAACAGUGCCACAGCCGCCUACAGGAGCUCAUCGCUUGCUGCCACGACACUCCCACUGCCCACAGUGCUGCCACCGCCUGCUGGAGCUCACCAUGCCCCCCCAGCCUCCGGGGGCAUGCAGCAUUCAUGAAAAAAACAGAAUGUCCUUGCAGCUCGCCUUGAAGGAUGUUCAAAUUGUCCAUGUAGGCCAGGACCUUGGCCUGUUCCGUACUUCCUCUGGGGAUCUGGACUCUGUGCAUCCUGGAGUCCUGCCUGAUGCGCUGACCCAGGGGUUUGAUGGUGCAGAUGAAAAGGAUCAUGGAGAGGAGGCAGCCCUGAUGGACCCCCAACUCUAUUGCAGUCCGCUCACUCAAGAAACCAUUUACCAGCACCUCGGUGCUUACAUCUGUGUACAGAGUCCUUACCCAGCUGGUGAAAGUCGGAGGGACGCCCAUCUGCUGCAGGGUCUCAAAGAGAAACCAGUGUGACACUCUGUCGUAGGCUUUUUCCAGGUCCAUGUUCAGCACCACCAUUUUCUGUCCGCUGUCUCAUUCCAAAUGAAGCACAUCUCUCAGUUGCAGCAGGUCCUGGUACUACAUAUGACUGGUCCUCAUGGAUGAUGGCACUUAGGACAAGACUUUGGCCAGCAGUUUAUAGUCAAAGUUCAGGAGGGUAAUGGGCCUCCAGUUGUAAAACUCCACUAUAUAUCCCUAAAAAUACUACCUGAUAUGCGUCUCCUUUUAUUGCCCUCACUGUAGCCAGCUUCCUAUCUUUGUGAUUAACUCAAUAAA